AUGCGCCCUUCUCGAAGCAGUGUUUCAUCUGCUCGAAAGAGCGCACCGACUUUCCAAAGCCACCUUCCUCGCCAAUGGCCUCCGCGACCUUUUGCUGAAGAAGAGCCCGUUUCUCUCGCGAAAGAACUCCAUGGCCUUUCGAAACUCAGCGAGAAGCCUGGCGUUGAGGGUAUCCGCGAAAGGGGUGCUGUUGAUCAGUACCCCAUCAUCGUUGGAUUGAACACCGCUCCCGUAUCGACAUCGGUCCCCCUACCCAGCAUCCCCAAUGUGCCUGGACUAGGCAACUUUUCUUCAGAUGAGAGCUCUGGGCCAACGACACCAUCGCCUCCAGCUCCUCGAGCCCCUCAGGUUUCGCAAGCUCCUAGUAAUGCGUCUGCAGCGCCUCGACCACCCCAGGCCCCUCGAGCUCCUCAAGUUUCUCAGGCUCCUGCAGCCUCUGCAGCCCCUGCUGUUCCUCGACCUUCUCCGGCCCCAGGACCUACAUCUCGCGCAGCCCCGGUGCCUCGCUCUCAGACCACUGCCCCCUCGCGACCACCACCACCGUCAGCUUCGUCUGGAUCCAAUAAUCCCCGAGGCCGAGCACAUGCGGAAAUCCAUCAGCAACCUGCUCGCGACGCAACUAUGUAUCCACCCCGGCGAUCUCGCUCCCGGUCUCUCUCGCGAGCUACAGUCUCCACCCAGGAGGAUGUACCUGUAUUUAUUGCUCCCCACAAAUCGCGAGGCGACAGACCUGAGCGACCUCGAUCUCCGUCUCGAGGUCCGGUCUACGAAAGGGCCUCGUCGCGCCCCUCAAAGUCCUCAAUUGGCCGGUCCAACAGUGCACGAUAUAGAAGCUCAGCUCCACGAUUUGGGCCCAGUCAACGCCAACGAGAAAAUUCCGGAUAUCUCUCGGACUCGGCCACUAUCCGCAGUAGAAACUCCUCUUCAUCUGGCUCUACUCCACAAACAAAAUCGACUUUUGGUCAGUUCAACGGCCUUUCGGUUGCAGAAAGACUCGAGGAGAAACUUCAGCUCCGGCGAGAAAUGCGAGAGCGACAGCAAGAGCACGGCGAAGCAGCAUCGUUUUCGGAUACAGAAAUACGCCCAACUAUCUCCAGAGUGAAGCCACUUGUUUCAGCUGGACCUCCCUCAGUUGUGGGACCAAUAGGGUAUCCGCCUCCUCUUGAGCCUGAUCGUGCCCCAAACUUCCGCACAGAUGAGCGACCACCAGUGACACGUUCACGAACGACUUCGGUGACGGCAGUUGGACCGCCGCCUUCUCGAUCAGCUUCCACAGCACAUAAGGCAUCGAGGUCGGGCUCAACUGACGAUGGACCACCAGUCACACGCCCACGAGCAACUUCAUCAGCUUCAGUUGCACCACCGCCCGCUCGAUCAUCCUCAACAGUGCGCAGGGAAUCGAGGUCAACUUUAAUUGACGAUGGACCACCAGUCACACGCCCACGAGCAACUUCAUCAGCUUCAGUUGCACCGCCGCCCGCUCGAACAUCCUCAACAGUACGCAGGGAAUCGAGGUCGGCUUUAAUUGACGAUGGACCAUCAGCCACGCGCCCACGCGCUACCUCAUCGGCUGCGCUUGCACCGCAGCUCUCUCGAUCAGCCUCCAUGACGCGCAAGACUUCGAAGUCAGAUUCAUCCGAUGAUGUUCCACCAGGUACUAGAAAAUCAUCGCGGCCACCAGCGUCCGUUAAGUUCCAAGACGAGCCGAUUCAACAGCACAAUUCGUCUCAAUUGGUAACCACCCGUCAACCAAGUCCGCCCCGGAAGCUCCCAGCUCCCGUUGGACUAUGCCUCACUCCAUGCCCUCGCUCCACCCCCGUGGCAGGUCACCAGGACUGGUAUACCCUCAAAGGGCUGACGCAUCUAGAUAUCUGUCCAACCUGCAUGAGCCAGAUUGCCCACUCUCGUUAUCGAGAUUAUUUCAUUCCUAGCCAAUCCAAGCCUCCGAAUCAAGCAAUCCGCUGUGCCUUCUCCAACGCCUGGGUCCGCCUCGCCUGGACACAAAUGAUCAAAAAGCAACAAGACAGUCUCGAAACCCUGUACCAGAUGACCCGGCCGCCGCCAGGAACCCGCCCAUGCCCCGGCCGAACCAUCACCGACCAAACCUGGCACCGCGUCGUUGACCCAGACACCGGCCUCUACCUACCACGCUUCCAGGUCUGCGGCACCUGCGCCCGAAAAGUCCGCAUCCUAAUGCCACCCCACCGUGACACCUUCCAACACUGCCCCGAACCCUCAGAGCGAGUCUGCGACUUCGUCACGAACAGCCCGCGCUUCGUCCAAUUUAUCGACCUACUCGACAGCGCCGCCACCCGCGCAGAACUAGACCCAUCCCGUCGCCCCGACCUGCGUGAAUUCCUCUCUUACGCCCGGCGCAAGGUCGUUCUGCGUGAUUGUCGACGCGAUCGACCCACGAUGAGUACGUGGCAUUAUAUCCCCGCUCUGCCGGAACUGAGUGUCUGCGAAGACUGCUACGAUGAAGUCGUCUGGCCUCUUGCGAAGAAUAAUCAUUCCAUUGCGCGCAUGUUUUCUACCUCUAUGCGAUUACUUCCGGGGGACGGGCCGAGUCGUUGUCGUGAGGCGACGUGUCAAUUGUACUCGGCUCGGGUGCGGGCUCGAUUUCGGGAUGCGGUGUUGAAGGGGGAUUUUCCGGCGCUGAAGAGUGUUGCUUUGAGGAGAUUUGAGGCUGAGCAGAGAUUUAGGGAUCGGAGGGAGGAGUUGCUUGUUGCUGAGAAGAGGGGGUAUGAUUGUGAUAUGGAGAUGAAGAAGGCUGUUGAUGAGUGGCGGAGGUGGGAGUGA